AUGUCAAAACUACUGCUUGUUGUUCUCCUACUCGCCGUGCUAGUACAACUCUCCACCGCCCAAUGGGGCAUGAUGGGACCAUAUGGAAUGGGUGGCAUGGGCGGUAUGGGCAUGUAUCGACCAUGGGGCAUGGGAAUGUACCCAGGAAUGGGCGGCAUGGGCAUGUACCGUGGAAUGGGAAUGUGGGGAUAGAUCAAACAACUUAAUCACAGAUUUUAUCUACUUACCCCGUUAUUAUAUACAGUGCCAAUCGUCAUGUACAAAAUUAUUUAUGUUUUUGAAUGAAAAAAUUAAUAAAGAAAAUAUUAACGUAUCUGUUGGAAUAAAUGAAUAAACUGCAAAAUUGAAAUAAGCAACGCUAUUAUAAAAAACAGUUGAUAUAGUUGACAAAAUAAUUGACCGCAGAAACAAACCGUGAGAAAUGGCACCAAGCCAGAAAAGAGCUGCUAGGAUUAGGGCUGUUUAGACUUGAAAACGGCCUACUAGGCAAAGCAAAUUUAAGAGAAGUCAAGCCGGGCCGGAGUUAUGUGGACCAAAGAAUUAGGGCCCAAACCAAGACUCUAAAGUUAAGGUCCCGGGUCGUGUCAAAGCAAGUUUUAAAGAAGACAGGCAGAGACGUAAAUCCACAAGGCGUAGCUCAAAUAAAUGUCAAGUUCCUUUCCAGGUCUACCUCAAAGUAGAUACAGUGGCCUCUCUAUAUAGUGAGCAAAAUGUAUAAGCAACUCUCUUUUUUAUUUUCCAGUUUUUUUUCUAAUGUGCAAGACCAAACUAUAAAACAAACGUAAACCAUUACAACUUAUCAACGUUUCGCACAUCGCACACAAAAAAUGGUAAAAUACGGCCAAUCCCGCUAAUCCUCUUACAACCGCGUUAUAGCAAAUUAUCUGAGCCCCAUAGAAAAAACCAUUUCGUAUAAGAAAACUUCAGAUAUAACAAAGUAUGUAACGCUGCACCGUAUGAUCGUUCAAUUGCCUAUGCGGUUCGGGAGUUUGAUUAUAUCAAGAAUUCCCUGUUAAUUAAUAAUGACAAAGUUAUCAUUAAAACACUUUAUAGUAACAACCUCAUAACUCUUACAGUAAUUUAGAUCGUUAACCUAAUAAUUUUCGAAUUGGCCGAACAAAGAAAUACCUUCUCACGACGUAACUGAUUUCACAACUCCGACUAGGAAGUAAAAACUGUUAAUAAAAGGUUUAAAGUUUACUUUUUUCCAAUUGAAGCUAUAUGAUGUUACAAUAAGUGACUAAACUAUAGUCGGUUUUUGUCCAAAAUUUGCCGAGUUUGGUGUGGUCGAACAAGAAAGAGCAAAAGCAUCAAUAACUUCUAGAAACGUGUAGAAAGUAAAAUAAACAUUACGAUUUAUUUUGUUUCUUUUUUUCGGUGUGAUCCACCCAUUAAACUUGUAGUAUAUAAGCUACAGAGGAUGCGUGAGAAAUAACAGUUAAGUGUUACAUUGUUGUAGACUUUUACUGAGUAAGUUUAAAGUUUUCAUAGUUAAGGCUAGGACUAGAGCUAGAGCCAGAGCUAGAGCUAGAGCUAGAGCUAGAGCUAGAGCUAGAGCUAGAGCUAGAGCUAGAGCUAGCGCUAGAGCUAGAGCUAGAGCUAGAGCUAGAGCUAGAGCUAGAGCUAGAGCUAGCGCUAGAGCUAGAGCUAGAGCUAGCGCUAGAGCUAGAACUAGAGCUAAGGUUAGAGAAAGAGCUAGAGCUAGAGUUAGGGCUAAGACUAGGGCAAAAGAUAGAAGGUUUCAAAAUUUUUUUAAAAUUUUAAUUUAAAAUUCGUUUUAGAAAAAUGGCAAAAGCGCUGCUUCUAAUCCUACUCGUUGCCAUUUUGGUGCAACUCGCCACAGCCCAAUGGGGUUACGGCAUGUGGAGUCCGUAUGGAAUGGGCGGCUACGGUAUGGGUCGCUAUGGCAUGGGAAUGUAUCGACCAUGGGGUAUGGGCAUGUACCCCGGAAUGUGGGGAUAG